AUGUCAAAAUCCCAAGCGCUGAUCGAGCUCCGGGCCGAACUUGAGAAACGACGAGAAACAUCAGAAGACUUCAACCAUAUAUGGGAAAAUGAGGCACUUCCACAUCUGAGAGAGAUUAUCCACACGGACUACAGCAUCUCCAUCCAGGCCGAGUACGGUGGUUCCCGCAUUCGAAGGGUCGUGGAAGUAAUGACGGAGACAGAAAUUCCGCAAGAAGGGAACCGCAAGUUGACGGAAACGGUCUCAAAAGUCUUCGGAGAGAAUCCAUCUCUUAAAGUCGAGAUCUCCUUCACCGUUGGCAACAUCAAGCGCAGUACCUGCACCGAGGAUGAGUGCGUUCCCCCAGGAAAUCCGGGUCAUCACUUCCCGCUGAUGAUAGGCGACUCCGUCGACUACCAGGGCGGAACAAGCGCGGGAACCAUCGGGCCUGCUCUCGAUUGCGGAGGCAAGACGGGUUGCCUUGUGAACUAUCAUCUGUUUGAAGGAGCACCACAAUUGAAUGAAGUUCAACAUGACAACGAAGUUCCAGAUUGUCAUCUGGUUCACCCGGCAAGCAUCGAUUGUGCCGAAGGGGAGCGUCCAAGAAUCAUCGGAAAGCUCCGCGCCCAUUCCGGGUUUCCGAUAUACAAGACGCAACGACACUCGGGGUCAUUGGAGAAACACUUCCAGCUCCCCCGCGACCAGGCCAAGAUUCAGACUGACUGGGCAUUUUGUGAUCUUCAAACACCUCUUGAGAAUCGCAUGCGUUACUCGCCAAGUGAAAGAGAGUUUCAAGAGCACUCUGGUCUGAUCCAUCGUGUAUACCAGGGGAACCCAAGACUACGCAUCAUUCGUUCCUCCGGUCGUACUAGUGGGAUUAGGUAUGCCGUUGUCUGUGAAACACCAGUCGCGGUGCGCCAGGGUGGAAUAGAAACUCGAGAAUGGUGCCUAGAGAACAUCCCCAAGUUGUUGUCUACUGACCAAUGGAUCACCGGAGGUGUUGGUAUACCUGGAGACUCUGGCGCUGCUAUCGUUGACGACAAAACAAGAGAACUUGUAGGACAAUUGUGGGGUCGCAAUGUCUACGAAGGUGACACCAACAUUCAGAGAAUCACCUACUUCACUCACAUUGCAGACAUCUUCGACGACAUCAGGGAGAGGUACCCUGAAAUAGAUGAAGUGAAGCUGGCCGGCGCACCGAGUAUCCCGACUUCCAACCUUCGUACCAACGGUAAAACGGCUCACAACAAACCAAAGGUCACGUUCAAAAUCAGUCAGGAUGGAGUUCAGAGAAGUCAUCUUCAGGCCUCGGAACCGAUCGAACACUUUCUUCACCCAGCCACAUCGAAGAGCAGCUUCACUUCGAGUACUGGUUCUAGUGCUACCUGCAUUGAUCCGCCGUGCACAAGUGUAGAGUUUAGAGCGAUGGAUAAGGAGAUGGGAAUCAUGCAGACUUCGGCGCCAUCGACUGUGACAUGA